AGUCUUAUAUCUGCAAAAAGCACAAUCAAGCUACCCAUGGAAUCCAUGAUUGGCUACCGUUUUGGCACCCUCCCCCAUCAGUCCAUUCACAUGUCUUCUGGCUACAAGGCUGCAAUAACUACCAAACCUUAUUGCUUUAGCCAUUUUUCCACCAAACCCCAUUUAAGCUUUAGUCAUUCUUCUAGGAGCCGCCCUCUUGAGCACAUCCUUGGUCCUAUAACUUUCAGGGUGGGUCAUCCAUCGACUUCUCUUACGGAUCAGAAGAGUAGGCCUCCCCAGGCCUUUACAGCAGAACAUUCGGAAGAGGUGGUGGAAGUGGCAAAGGAGCUAAAGGAAUCUGGGCAUCAAGAUAUAGCAUUGCAACUACUGAAGAUACACGAUCGCCAACUCGAUAUUGAGAGAGAUGCUGUCGGUUAUUACACAAUAAAAAUGGAAAUAAUGCAAAUUCUCAUUGAUAAAAAAAUGCGCAAUGAGGCCUCGGAGUAUUCCAGGGACAUUGAGGAAAAGAGAUCAAAUCACAAGCAUUAUUUCAAUUUCGAACCGUUUGAUAAAUUGAAGGAAAAGAUGCAUCAAAUUUAGGAGGGUGGUAUUCUUCUCAUUGACUUAAAGAUAACAUAAAGAGUGCUUGGAAAGUGAUAAGCUAUUUUUAAGGUAUGGAAAGACAAGAAGGUUGUGGGAGCAUAUAUAUCAUAGAGUUACAAGAGUUCAAGACAAUGACUACCUGUUGAGUUGCAAGAGUUGAAAUCAUUGAUACGGAAUUUCAUGCCACAACAAACUAACUCUUCUUAGCAACCACUACUUUAAUCUUACUCAUCUUCCAAGCCACCAUCUUUACCAAAGAGUUGACAUCAUGAUGUGGUUUACUAUUAUUUGUUGGUCACUUUUAUUUUGGACGAUAUACAAACUUGGACAAAAAUAUUCCAUUGAGGGCUGAAAUUUUUUUA